UACGUGUUGUUGGCGCUUACCUGGAGAUGCGCAUGUGAAACAACCAAACUAUAGGCUAAUUUUAAAUUUAAACUCACCAUAAAGGAAUUAUGCUUGACCUGUAGGUUAAAACCCAAACGCCGUAUCGAAGGAAGAUACUUUUGUUGCCAACACAUCGUUUUACUUCUACCUGGGAAUAACUAGAACCAUUGAGUCCACCUGCUACGCUCAAAUCAUGCGUUCGACAGCCUCAUCAUUGGAGGUCCGUAACGGUGAGAGUGCCCGACUCUCAGUUCCGCCAUUAAAUGGUUCCAAACGCUCCAGGUGUAAAACUGAGGAAAGUUAUCUUGGAGUCAGAGUACGCAUGCCUGUCAGGGACUUGUUAAGAAACAUACGCAUAGCGAAGGGAAUGGAUCCCAAGGAUAUCCAGAGAAUGUCUGGGAAAGCAUCAAAAGGAGACAAAAAACGAGUCAAGUCUUCAGCAGAUCGAAGAAACAGUCAGAAAAAACGUAACUCGGUGGCUCAGGAGGAAUUGUCCAUCAUAGUGGAGGUGUUGGAGGAGGACCUCAAAAAGAGCACAUCCACACACCAGCCCAAUAAAUUGCUUGCCUCGGCCAACAGGCCCGAGCACAAUCCGCUGCCUGAAGAGUUCUUCCCCCAGACAUACUUUUGUGAGCUCAGCCAGAAAACGGAGAUGGUCCCAUCUCCAGAGCCUCCCUCUCCUCCCGCUCCCUCCUCUCCUGACAGCUUCUUCUCCUUCCCAUGUGCAGAAUAUCGGAAGAGCUAUUCCGUCCUUGCUGACAGCUUCAGUGACUACAGUAGUGAUGAUUCUGAAGACUUCCGAGCAAGUCCACAGCAGUAUGUCCCUGAUUCCCCCAGCUCAGGGGACUACCAGUUCCCCUCGUAUCAUGACUCCUGUCAAUCCAGCCCAGAAUCCGCCUGUGACUUUGGUCUGGACUACGCUGAGGGGUCGGCGACAAGUCAGGGGUUGCACAAUUUUUCUCAACAGGGUUCCUAUCAGCAGAAGGAGUGGUCCAAUGACUUCUUCUUCUGGAACCAACUGGAGAGGGAGGGGAACCUUCUGAAACGGUUCUCUAACAGGGAGCUGCUGGUACCUGACAGAAAUGGAAAAUUGUUGCUUCAUCGAUUGGUUGAAGAGGGCAAGCGGGCACCUGUGUACAUUAUUGCCAAAAGAAUGGCGGACCUGAUGCAACUGAACGCCAAGGAUCAGGAGGGGAAGACUGCUCUCCAUAUGGCUGCAGAGAAAAACCAGCAUGUGAUGGUGGCUGACCUGAUCAGUUUGGGUGCUAACAUCAACGAGAGGGACCAGGGUGGAAAAACGUGCCUCCAUCUCAGUGCAGAAAACGGCUAUGUCAGGGUGCUAGAGGUGAUUAAGUAUGCAAUGAGAGAUGGAGUGCAUGUGGAUUUGGAGGUUAAAGAUAUGAAUGGGCUGAGCAUCCUGCAGAGCGCGGUGGUGGCCCUCAGUGGCACGGUGCAGGAGGGCAGCGUUGGCAGGCUCCCGCAAGACCAGGCCCGCCUCAGCGCCCUGCGCAAGGAGCAGAUGAUGGAGACGCUCGAGUGUCUCCUGCAGAUGGAGAGCAACGUGCACAACGUGGAGAUCUGCAUGACCUAGCUGUGGCCUGCCCGCCAUCACACACCUUUUAGUUCUUAUGAACUUCACAUGUGUGUAUGUGUGUGUGUAUGUGUGAGCAUCUGCAGAAAGAAUGCAGUCUUGUUAACUGACGGUACAUGUUUCUGAGUGAGUACAAGCUUGAACCUGUCUCAGAAGAGAGUUCAGAAGAAGAAGAAGAAGAAAAGCCAACAGUAGUUGGAAGGCCAGUUGUUUAGUUUUGUUUUUUAGAGAUAGAGAGAGAGAGAGGAGUAUCUUCUUCUGGACUUCAUCUGGGCUUAAGGGUCAAAGUUAUGUAUUAUGCAGCCAGAGGGUAUUUGCAGAAUUCUGCGAUUAUCACUGAGGCUGCUCAUUAGCUGGUUUCUAUGGAAACUUUUUCUGUUUGUUACAUUUCUGUGGUACAUGAAGACACACAGGUCGAGUAUACUGUGUGAUCUGUCUAUGUUUAUAAAGUUGUGUAUCCCGCGCCUCCCCCCGUGUCACCGCCUUUAUUCAGGUAGUGAGGUAAUGUGAGGGAGUGCAGCGUGGCAUGCUUAUGUUUUUUUACAUGUUACAUUGUAUUUUAUUAUGACUUUGUAAACCAUUAAUGGUGCAGUCUACAAUUCCAAUCCCAAUAUACUUUUCGUCUAAGAGAAAGAAAAGGAAACGAUUCCCUAGGUCACUAAUUUUUGCCACAGUAAAACUUUGAGUGCUCAUUAAAAUGGCCUACAGUAGGUCAUCAAUGGGAAAAAAAGAAAAGAAUUAAGGCACUUCUGUCAAAAUUGAGGCACUUCUUUAUUAGAUAUUUGUGACACAGCUGCAUGUUUCAACUUUUAAUCUUCGUCAGGGCAUGACUUUUUGUCAAAUUGAGAACAUUUCUCAUCACAGUCUUCUAGUUAUUAAUUUUGUCUAUGCCCAGAGAAGUGACUAGUGACUACAUGCCGUCCUUGCUCUGUAAAAGUGACAUGGACCAAGCUAUAAACUAUUUUAGCCAAUUAGCACGUCGCUUCGCGAGCAUAGAAAGGAUAUGUGAUAUGAUUUGUAUGCUCGUCAGAAUUGCAGACUACACCUUUAAUGGCGUUAUUUAUAUUUGAAUUUGGUGGAGGACCUCUGUAAGAAAGCUUGUUUAAUUUUUUGAAGAACUGAGUGAUAAUCAAUUCAGAAAAUCUAAAAAAAAUAGUUGUGAUUUAUUUCUAACUUCAGUUUGUUUGGUUUGAAGGUUUCGUGAGGCAAGUUCUAAAUCUUAGUGAUUUAUAAGUUAUGCAUGUUAUGUGCAUUGUUUCACCUCUCUGAAUACCUAUCUGACUGUCUGGAGAGCACAAUUUACAAUCACUUAAAUAGCAGGGAUUUAGCACGGCAGCAUUAACUUUGGGCAGCUGGUGGGGGAAUGAGUAAAAUUUCCCCUCUGGCUUUUUAGUUUUUCAAAAAGAAAAACUGCAGUGCUCACUAGUGCUCACGGUAAUACGCUAAGCUCCUUACCUCGAGAUUUUAACCACUCAACUCUGGUAUGAUGAUGAACCUGAAUUAGUUUGGUUUUAGUGGUUGUACUCUUGCAUAACUUGCAUAAGCAAGUUUGGCGAUGAGAACUUCAAAUGCAGGUCAUUUUUUGUGGUUACAUGCAGAACAGAGAGUUCAAGGACACUCAUAACUUAUAUGGCAAUACAAAUAAAAAUAUAACCUAAAACAGGUUACCGUUAUUUAAAUGUUGCCUCUUGUUUUAGUUCAUUUGUUUUCUGACUUGGAUAGCUUAAUACCCAUCAGUUCCAUAAUUUUAUACCUCCUGAGCUGAUUUAUUCCUGUCUUUGUUUAUUGAAUUAUGUUUAAGAUAGCAUUUUGUACUUGCAUGUGUUCCAUUUCAGUAUGGAGUUAUCUUUAUUGACUUACAAGCGAUCUCACUAACGUUGAAUUCCCAGUACAAAAUAUUAUUUGUGUCAUCAGAGUCAGAUAGGGGAAAAAGAGAAAACGUGUAGUUGAGUUGUAAGGUAUAAAAUGUUGUGUAAUGUAAUUGUGUUUUUAAAGCUAUGUUUAUUAAUAAUCGUUAAUUUUGCAUGUCAUAGGUCACAUUUUGAUAUUAUGAUUAUUAUUAUUAUGAUGAUAAUGACUGUAUUAGUACAGACUAUUUUACUUUAUUUCUUAUAAUGUGCAUGUAAUGCAUUUGCAAUGUUGUUUAAGUACAUUUUGUUUUGUGUAGUAGGUGGUGGGGAUUAUAGAAAAUGUAUACAUAUAUGUACUGUACAUAUUUGACAACUGAGUAGUAGAGGGGAUGAAAGUGUACUUCCCAUCACACUUAAUAUGGAAGAAAAUAGUGGAGGGAAAAGAGGUGUUCGGUUUCAUAUCCAAUGAAUAAGACUGUGAGGUGUUUAAUUUUAAACACUUUAAGUUGAGUUGGGUUUAGUUUAAGUUUAAAUGGAUUUUAUUUUUUCACAUUAUUGUGUCAGGGAUAUAAUCUUAUGUACAACAUUAAAAGUAUGUAACUUUUUGGCACGUGCCAAAAAGUUACAUACAUUUUUUUUUCCCAAAGAAUGGGUUGUAUCGCAUCUCCUUUUUUAUGCAAUAAUUUGUGACAUGUUUAUGAUUAUUUUUGAUAAUGUAUACAUAAUGUCUUGGGCGUGGUACUGAUAUGUGAUAUUUUUGUGAGUGUCUCUCCUGGUCUAACUAUUCUAAUGGCUGUGGCCAAUAGUACACACUAGGUGUGAAUGUGCACCUGAUCCAUUAUUGAGAAUAGUAACCUAUGCGCCCUUUUAUGUGCGUAUUGCGAGAGUGCACGAGAUAACUUGUUUGUUGAAAGCGAAGGACUGGGAGGGGGAUUCUGGUGAAUUGUGCAGAGCACAAAGGCCUGUGGGACUGAGUCGGGGCAGGAGGGACUCUCUCCGCUCAGGUUGGAUUUCACAACCUGCCCUGUGGUGCCUCGACCUCAUGCUUGCUGUCAGCACUCUUCACUUAUAUAUUUUGCUCCUACCUUCAUCAAAAACUUUCAUUAUGUUAUGCAUGUUAAAAAAAAAAAAAAUAUUACAAUAAAAUGCAUG